AAAUAUAACGAACUCGCAGUGUUGACAAAUGUUUGUUAAAAACACACGUUCAUGCUAUCAACUAGUUUUUCAAGUGUUAAUUUCAGUAAACAAGAAUAAUAAUAACAACCAAUAAUGCUAUUGGCGAUAUGGUUUGUCGUGUUUGUGGUGGCUUGUGCCCUUUACUUACGCAAGGUGUACUCAAAGUUCAGCAAAUAUGGAGUAAAGAACCUAGCGCCCUUACCGUUCCUGGGCAACAUGGGUUGGGUACUGCUACGUCGGGAACAUUUCACAGAAGCUAUGUUUAGGCUGUAUUCAGCUUUUCCUGGAGAAAGGUUCUUAGGUUGGUACGAAUGUAUUAAUCCAAUUGUAAUAUUAAGAGACAUCGAAUUGAUAAAAAAGAUCGGUGUAAAGGACUUCGAAAGUUUUUUGGAUCAUCGAUCGUUUAUUGACGCAAAAGUUGAUCCAUUCUUUGGAAGAAACCUUAUUUUGUUAAAAGGUCAGGAAUGGAAAGACAUGCGGUCAACCCUGAGCCCCGUCUUCACCAGCUCCAAGAUCCGGCUUAUGGUGCCUUUCAUGGUCGAAGUUGGCGAUAUCAUGAUCAAGUCGCUGAAGGAGAGAAUAGAUAGUUCAAAAGAUGACUUUAUCGAUAUAGACUGCAGAGAUCUGACGACUCGGUAUGCAAAUGACGUCAUCGCCUCCUGCGCCUUCGGCCUAAAGGUGGAUUCACACACGAACAAAGACAACGAGUUCUACAAGAUGGGCAAAAUCGCAGCUAACUUCGAUUUUUUGCAGAUGCUCAAAUUAAUGUUCAUGUCAUCUUGUCCUACUGUUUCAAAGAUAUUUAAGAUCACCCUUUUCAAAGCAUCAGCAAUGAAAUUCUUUAGAGGCCUAGUUCUAAGUGCUGUCAAUGAGCGUGAAGUCAAACAAAUUGUAAGACCUGACAUGAUACAUUUGCUUAUGGAGGCUAAGAAAGGUAAAUUGACACACGAGGAGAAAACUGGUGCCGACACAAGUGUGGGUUUUGCAACUGUCGAAGAAUCAUCAGUAGGCAAGAAGAACGUUAGCAGAGUUUGGACGGAUGACGAUUUAGUUGCUCAAGCGCUAAUAUUCUUCUUCGCGGGCUUCGAUACCGUGUCUACUGCGAUGAUCUUCGCCUUGCACGAGCUGGCGACGCACCCGGAUGUCCAGGAUCGUCUAUUGAACGAAAUAAAAGCCCACGAGAUGAAGAACGGCGGAACACUUGAUUAUAACUCUAUACAGAAUAUGAAUUAUUUGGACAUGGUUGUGUCAGAAGUACUAAGAAUGUGGCCGCCCGCCGUGGGAUUGGACCGGCAGUGUUUGAUGGACUACAACUUAGGAAGACCUAACGAAGAAGCUACCGAGGAUUUCAUUAUCCACAAAGGGGAGACAGUGGCGGUGCCGGUGUGGGCGAUCCACCGGGACCCCGCUCUGUACCCGGACCCCGAAAAGUUUGAUCCAGACCGGUUCUCGGAGGAAAACAAACAUCUCAUCAAACCGUUCACUUACAUGCCAUUCGGUCUCGGGCCCAGGAACUGUAUAGGUUCUCGGUUCGCGCUGUGCGAAUUGAAGGUGUUGCUAUACCAAGUGGUGCAGCGAGUGCAGCUGGCCCCGUGCGAGAAGACCUGCGUGCCGGCGCGGCUCGCCACCGACACAUUCAACGUACGGCUCCGCGGCGGACACUGGCUGCGGUUCCGACUCAGAGAAUGACCGAAAACAGAAGACGAUCAUUUACUAGCUCAACACACUUUAUUGUUCACAUAGUGAUUCUCAUAAUUUAGAGCGGUCGCACACCUUUGACGACACUAGCGAACAACUGUUAUGCGAUUGUCGAUUGUUUCGCAGCCAAUUCAACUGUUUAGUUUCACAACUAAAUAUCGAGCAGUGUGCACACCGGCAUAUUAGCUUGUACGAAUCAAAGCGAGACUACAUAGUUGUGCGAUAGUUAGUCAAAAGUGUGCGCACGCUCUAAGGAAACGUACAAUAUGAUCGAUUAACUCUCUGGUAACUACAGACAUUUUCACUAGUGGAAGACACCAGCAAGAACCAUACUAAACAUUCUAUAAAUUAUUUUCUUGUGUUUAAAAAAUAAAAUGCUAUAAUGUUU